GUUACUCCCUCCCUAACAAUAAUUGUUUAGAGUUGGUACAACUGUAACAACGUUUGAAAUUUAAACUCGAAAGAUAACGUAUAUUUACUGUCGUAUUUUCUCAGAUAUACAUUGUAUCAGUAGGGGUUUUAGAAAUUUGUAAUAUUGAUUUUAAUCAAUAAAAAUUAUUUAAAAACAUUCUAUUAUGAGAAAAGCAUCAUGUGGCAGGCGGUCAUCUGCUGCAGGCCGAAACACAUUUGGGGGCUCUACUUUUGGAAGACAAAGUUCAUUUGAUGGUAGUGAUAUAAGAUUGAAUAAAAGAGACAGUCGUGGUAUUGAAAAAAAGUCGAUGCUUAUGAAACCAGGGUUUUCUUCUAAAAAGUCAUUGUCUUCAGAUAAUCUUGCUGCACAUGAUCCAAAACAAUGGACAUCUACAGUUAAAAAGCCAUCCACAACUAAACAUGCCAUAGUACGUUCUACUACAAAUAUGAAUAUGACUGGAAUCAAUCUAGUUGCAUCCACACCAUGUGUUACCCCAGGACUAAACCCAAAUUUACCUGGUAUUAAUUCUAGUUAUAAAUCACGUAGAUUAAGUACUGAGUCACGUUACAGUAGUUAUGGUGUGGUAAAGAAUAGAAAAGAAGUACGACCAUUAACUGACAAAGAUUUUUUGCAAUCAGCAAUUCAAAAAAUACAAAAUUAUUUUUUAACUACUCCUAAUGCGAGUCAUAUAUUGAAUAAUGGUAAUAUGCGUCCAAUGACUACAACAAUGUUUACUGAUAUGUGUGAAUUUUUAUUACAUAAACUUGAUCGAAAUCAAACUUUAAAUAAAACAAAGUACAUGGAAGAGCUUCCAAAAAUUAUGAAGAAGUACUAUUAUAAAGGGAAAGUCGAUAAAUCUUGGUUAAUAACAGUAAAUGCAAGUCAUUCAUUCCCUCAAGUUGUGGGUUUAUUAUUAUGGUUAGUUGAGUUGUGCGAAACUCAAAAUCGGUUUAAUGUAAUGGAGACACUGUAUCCAUCAAUUCUUGACCCAGAUGAAAUAGAAGAUGAAGAUUAUGAACAAACAGUGGAGUUCAAAAUGUACCUACCAUUUCUUUUAAACUCAUACCAAGUUGAAAGUAGAGGAACGAAUAAGCCAACAGAUAAAGAAUUUUUACAAAAACAAGAAGAACUAUUGUUAGAAAACUAUAAAAAUACACUUGGUGUUGAUGAAGCUGAGUUGAAUAAGUUAGAAACUGAAGUAGCUGAAUAUCAAGAAGAACUUGCUGCAUUAACCGAUAACACAGAAGAACAAAAGUUAGAAGAAAUGAAAACAAUGAAGGUAGCUAUUCAAAAAGAUAUAAUAUCCAACAAGAAAUAUAUUAAAGAUGUCCAAAUAUGUAUUGGAGAAGUUCAAGAGUAUAUUGCCAAAAAAAAAGAUGAGCGUUUGUAUUUAGAAAAAGAAAUAGAGAAUCUUAAAAAAGAAUUAGAUGUUGUAAAAGACUGUAUUAAUGGACAACAAAUCACUCAAGAGGACAAGAAAAUGAUUGAAACCGAAAUAAUUAGCCUGAAACAUGACAUUCAAUAUGAGGAAGAAUGUUUAACUAAAUAUUCUAACAUUGUAUAUUCUGAAGAUCUUAAUGUUGUAAAAGUUAGAAUGGAGCUAGACAAAUUAUUUGUGCAAUAUAAUACAUUAUUAGCUGAAAAUAUGGUUGCUUUACCAGAAUUGGAAAAUGCAAUAGCAGAUAAAAAUGUUUUAGUUCUCCAUGUUAGAGAAUCAUUAAAAGAAGUAGAUGAAAUUUUGAAAAAUUUGAAAAAUAAAAACUCUGAAAGGUUAAAGGAUAUAGAACAAAAGUUAGCCUCUGUGAAAAUAGAACUAGAGUCAGUAGUGCUAGAGUAUAAUAAUUUAAAAAGAGUAAUAGAGAGAUUACUUCCAGAGCGCGAUGAUGACAAAAAAAGAUUAUUAGAGCUGACAGACCGUCGAUUUGAGGAGAAAAAAGAAAAUGAAAAUAAAAUGUACAAAAUUCAAGCUGAAAUUAAAAGUAUAAUUGUUGAUGAUUUAGAAUUAAAAUCAAAAAUAGAAGAGAGAGAUAAUUUUGUAAAAAUACUAUCUGAAAUGGAAGAAGAAAAAAACUAUAUUAAGAUGAAAACUACCAACUGCUUGAAAAAUAAUGUAGAACAACUGAAUAAUCUCAAAAAAAAUGUAGAGGUCAGGUUUAAUAUUUAAUUAUCUGGAUUACUUUUUAGAACUACGUGACAAAAUGACAAAGAUAAAAGAUGAUACGAUUUUAAAAAUCCAAAGUAAUGCUUCUGAUUAAUUAAUAUAAAUAUUUUACUACAAUUAAGUUAUUUUACUAAUUUUUUUUUUUGUACUUUAUUUUUAUGUAAUUUGAUUAUUUAUAGAUAGUUUAAUAAAUUAAUAAAAUUCAUGUUGCACAGUUGUAAUACACGAUUAGUGAAUA